UGAUGCAAAGAUAAAUAAAUUGACACGAUAAAACAAACAAACAAAUAUUGCCUGUAAUUAGUGCAUUGAUGUGUUGAUGUUGAACUUCCUGCGUCUCCCGCACACGUGCGCGUGCAGUGAGAUGUGUUUCUUUGGUAACGCACACCUGCUACACCAACAACACGCGGCGUGCCACUGUGACAGCUGUGACUGUAAACCCUAUAACUAUUAUCACACUAGUUACUUUGUCGAACUCGGUGAAUCAGUGGGUUAAACCGAGCCUCUGAUCUCAAAGCAAAAGCGCAAAACCCCGGAUGUGAUCAUGUCCACUAAAGAGGUAAUAGAGAAAUCAGCUGAUGAGGAGACGGACUGGCUUUAUGGAGAUGACAAUUUUGACGAAGAAGAGACAACAGAAAAGGAAGUUUUCAGUGCUCUGAUUGGUGAUGUUGAUGGAGUGAGUGGACUCAAUUACCAGGAAAGUGAAUCAGACAGUGAUGAUGAUGUCUGUGUGACCAUCGGUGACAUUAAAACAGGCGGAUCUCAGGGCUCGUCAUUUGGUUCUAGUUCCAUUAGUUUGAACAUAAAGACCUCUGUAUCAGGCUCCAAGUCCAGAGGGCUGGAUCUGGAUGCUGAAGGCAAUGUCCUGCAGGUGGAUGUGGAGUCCUUUGAGGAGAAGCCAUGGAGGAAGCCAGGUGCAGAUCUGUCUGACUACUUUAACUAUGGUUUUAAUGAGGAUACCUGGAAGGCAUACUGUGACAAACAGAGACGACUACGCAUGAGCCUAGAGAUCCUGAGCCUGGGGUCAUUAAGCAAAAUAAUGGUUCAUCAGAGUUCUAGUAGUGAUCUUUCAGAACACUCAACCAGGAAGUCGAGUGGUGCGAUCAAUGUUAUCGGAGGACAAGCAGGGACCAUCAGUCGAGUGGAAGGCAGAAGACGUCACAGCGCUGAUGAAAAUAACAUCCAGGUUGUUUCAGAGCAAUCCUCGGACACAGAGCUAUCUUCCCCAAAGCUGUUGCCCUUCUUUCCUCCCAAUAUCCCACCUCCACCUUUCCCUCCUCCCUCCAUCAGCACCACACUCCCCCUCAUACCACCACCUGGUUUCCCAUUACCUCCCGGGGCCCCUCCACCUAUGAUACCACCAUUAGAUAGUGAGGAGGAGCGCGUGUCUCGACACAGGGAUCACCGUCAUCACGGAAGCGAGAGGUACCAAGAAAGCUUGGGAAAAGAAGGAGUGAGAGACAGACAUCGAGAAAGAAGACACAGAGACAGGAAUGAACAACACAGAUCCUCACGCAGUGGGAGCAGUAGGAGGCGUCAUGAUAGUGAUGACGCAGAUAGCCACAGGAGACACAGGCACAAACGCUCUAAACACAACCGAGGAAGCCUUGAGCCCAGCGAGGAGUGCAAUGUGGACCAGGAGAACCAGUCAGAGGCCACAGAAUAACUCCCUGGCCAGCUGUGUACCUGGGUAGCUGGAGCCAGGACACCCAGAGGGGGGAGUGGUCAUCAUUAGGCGGGGGUAGUUUGAUGUCUCCGGGUGAAGAGGGCGAGAGAGCGCAGGGGGAAUGCAGGGGGGGCAUGCAGUCCAGGGAGCUCUCAUUUGGGGGUCUCAUUUCUAGUACCCGCAGGACCACUGGGGACGAGGUGUUCUUCAGGUUAGCCACAGCCUCGCUCCGAGUCACACCUGUCAGGUCAACCCCAUUCACAAUUAGAAGGAUG